AUGCCUGGUGCUGGGCUCUGCCACUGCUGGAGCAGCCGGGUUCUGCCCCUGCUCCUGGUCUAUGUUUGCUAUCUGCUGCUUGGUGCCACCAUCUUCCAGCUGCUUGAGAAGCAGGCAGAGGCUCAGUCUAGGAACCAGUUUCAGAUGGAGAAGCUGCGCUUCCUGGAGAACUACACCUGCCUGGACCAGAGGGCCCUGGAGCAAUUUGUGCAGGUCAUCAUGGAAGCAUGGGUGAAGGGUGUUAACCCGAAAGGCAACUCCACCAACCCCAGCAACUGGGACUUUGGGAGCAGUUUCUUCUUUGCAGGCACGAUCGUCACUACCAUAGGAUAUGGGAAUCUGGCGCCCAGCACAGAGGCAGGUCAGGUCUUCUGUGUUUUCUACGCCCUGGUCGGCAUCCCACUCAACAUGGUCUUCCUCAACCACCUGGGCACAGGACUACGAACCCAUCUGGCUGCUCUCGAGAGGUGGGAGGAUCCACCCAGGCGCCCGCAGCUCCUGCAGGUCCUAGGCCUGGCUCUGUUCCUGACCCUGGGCACGCUGGUCAUUCUCAUCCUCCCGCCCAUAGUCUUCAGUCACGUCGAGGGCUGGGACUUCGGUGAGGGCUUCUACUUUGCCUUCGUCACUCUCAGCACCAUCGGCUUUGGGGACUACGUUGUCGGCACGGACCCCAACAAGCACUACAUCUCGGUGUAUCGGAGCCUGGCGGCCAUCUGGAUCCUCCUGGGCCUCUCCUGGCUGGCGGUCCUCCUCUCAGCAGGCCCCCUGCUUCUGCGCAGGUGCUCUCAGCGAUGGCUGCUUGGCAGGGCCCUCAAUGAAGGGGACGCUCUUGGGACUGCUGGACUCCCCAGACCUCAGAAGACCUCCAUCUCUGCCUGA